UUGAAUAAUUGCGAGACAUUGUGUGAGGGAAAAAUGUGAUGGACUGAGGAUCUGAUGCUUUUCUAUUCAAUCAUACAUCUGUGGUGAAAGCAAAUUCAGUGUGUUUUGUAUUAAUAAAAACUGUCUUGUGUGAACAGUUCUUGCUGUUUCUGUUUAUCCUCUAUUACAUGUUAAAAAGACACAAUAUGCAGUCACUCAAUAUAACAAACUGAGGCCCACAUCCAUUUCUAGCAGAACUGUCGGCCUUUGAAAGACCAUUUAGACGACAAAUAAAACAUUGCUGGGCUGAUAGGUCUGGUUGACAGUAAACAGACUUUGCUUUCAAACCUUCACACAAACACACAGGCAGCUGCAGUGAGAGGACUGCAGCCCCUCGGUUCUGAUGUGAAACCUUUGUGGCUUUCAUUUCUUUUAAAUUUCCGGCAGACUACUUCCAUUGCGAGGUAAGAGGGCAACAGAAACCUUCACAGGGUCUUCUAACUUUGUAGGUGAAGGAUUGUAGACACUUUCAAAUCACAGUGAAACCAUUUCAGUAACUAUUUGGAGUUCACUGGUCGGAGGCUCUUUGUUUGAAAAGAUGUCGAGGACACUGGCUCAGAUCCUGGGCCUGCUGCUGUGCGUACUUGGCUGGAGCUCUGUUGGAAGCACCCUUGCCUUUGGCCACUGGAGGGUGGCCCAGCUGGAGGAUCGAGGGGGCUCCCUUAUCGUGACAACACCUUUGUACUGGUCUGACCUGUGGAAAGACUGCUAUGACAACACACAGUCUGUGGAGAACUGUGUAAACUUCAUGGUGCUGUGGAAAGUGAAACCAUACAUCCAGGUGGUCCAGGGGCUCCUGAUUUUCGGCCUCUGCCUCGGCUUGACUGGCACGGUGCUCGCUUUUCCUGGGCUCGAGUGCACAAACAUCGGCGGAGGGCGGAGAAGUAAAGACAGGAUGUUAAUUUCUGCCUCUGCGCUGCAUCUGGUCGGCUGCGUGUCAGGCGUUACUGCUUAUUGUUUAUAUAUAAACAGAGUGGUCGGAGCCGUUUUACACAGAGAAGCAGAUCCAUCAAAAGUGAGCUAUGAAAUGGGACCGGCCCUGUACCUCGGCCUGGUCGUGAAUUUCCUCAUUAUCCUUGGCUGUGCUAUCCACUGUGUGACUGCGUGCAGCGCUAACCACCCAAAAAGCAGACAGCGCAUGGAUCCCUUUAUCUGUGGGAAAGGAGAAGAGAAACAACUGUAUAGUGGGAGAAAACACAUCUGUGGACCAGCAAAAAUAUCCAGAAACGUCUCUCCUUACAAGAUGACUUCUGUCGUGACUGUGUAGCUCUUCAUUUGAUUCAUUUGAGCGGUCCAGCUCAGGAUGCAGGAUGUCAGAAAUGCUGAGGUCGAAUUGACUCCUACAAAACAAGGCUGAUUCAGAUACAGCUAAUGUUGCUAACAUUACAAUACCAAAACAUCAUAAUGCCAAAACUGUUAGUGCUUCACACUAUGCUUAAAACCUUAGUUCACUUUUAUACUAAAAGUCUUACAUAUUGCACCUUUAACAGUUUCUUUAUGAUUUUCUUGGCUCCCCCUUUCUGGAAUAUAACUCAAAACCCUGUUAAGCAAGAGUUUGUGGUAACACUUUAUAAUAACCAUUGUUAAUAAAUGGUCACUUCAUUCUCAUUAAACAUCAGUUAUUAUAUCAUUUCAUUGUUAACAGUAAAAACAUGUAUACAACUAUAAACUGAGCAGUAGUUUAUUUAUAAAGCUGCGACUGCUGUACAAUAAUUUGUAAAUGUUUAAUAAAUGCUGUGCAGUUCAUCUUUAAACACUGAACAUGUUUAACUGUUUAAUACAUUUCUAUGAAGACUUUCAUUCAAAUGUGCAAGUUCAGUUCAUGACAAAGGGGAGAGGUCCAUACUUUUCUGCAUUUGGUUUUAAUAAAGUCAUAAAAGAAGAUAUUAGCACAUAUAACAAAUGUAUUGAUUUGGAAAA